AUGGCUUACGCCCAGGCUAUUCGUGUUUUGGCCACUUUGGACUCUGCAGAGCACGUAUUUAUCGAACCGAACAAAAAAAUUCACGACUCGCAAGAUGUAUCGGCUUUCCUGACAUCCAAAGCCUAUACUGAUAUUAUGACGUGGAUACUACAACUCAACCGAUCUAUGUUUCCACUGAAGCUUGCCGAUGACACUAUACAAACUUGGACUCUCAAUAGCGAUGCGAUACAAUACUCCGCUCCGGUCCGACAAUUGCAGGGACUUCUCUUGAAACUAGAAGAUAUCAUACAGGAGGUCCCACCAGAUACUGGUCCGCGGAGGUUUGGAAAUAUAAGCUUCCGGAGAUGGUCUGAGGUGGUCGAAAGUCGCGCAUCCGACCUGCUGAGGGAAUGCCUACCCGCCGACCUCUUGGAUAGGGGAUCAUCGGGUGAGAGCGCAACGGCGGAGACCGAGUUGAAAUCAUAUUUCUUGGGUAGCUGGGGAAGUGGCCAGCGGUUGGACUAUGGUACCGGUCAUGAACUCAGCUUCCUAGCUUUCCUAGGUGGAAUAUGGAAGCUGAAUGGAUUUCCCAAGGCCGAUCCAGGUGUGGAGGAACGAGCUAUCGUGGUUGGAGUGAUCCAUCCAUACCUAGAGCUUAUCAGACUACUUAUCAAGACAUACAACCUAGAGCCUGCUGGCUCCCACGGCGUCUGGGGUCUUGAUGAUCAUUCCUUUGUCCCUUAUAUCUUUGGAUCCGCACAAUUAUCGCCUGCAAUCAACGAUACUGACCUAACUCCUGAAGAAGGCUCACUACUUAAUGCACCUGACCCAGCCGGGGUAGCCAAUGCAAAGAUUGUUGAAAGAGAACGCCAAAGUAAUCUAUAUUUCUCCGCUAUUGGAUUUAUUUAUGAUGUGAAGAGAGGCCCAUUCUGGGAGCACAGCCCCAUGUUAUUCGAUAUUUCUGGCAUUCGAGCUGGCUGGGGAAAGAUCAAUAAGGGAAUGAUCAAGAUGUACAAUGCGGAAGUUCUUUCAAAAUUCCCCGUGGUACAGCACUUCCCUUUCGGAUCUCUGUUCAGUUGGGACCAUGAUCCAAAUGCGCCUGUGCCCCCCUCCACGGUUCAUGCCACAUCUGGUCCUCAGUCACGCCCCAUUGCGCCGGAUUCUGGCCACCCGUCUGUUGCCGCUACCCGUUCUAUGCCCGGAGCUGGCACCCAGGCUCCCUGGGCUAAGUCCGGGACAGGCACGCAAGCUGUUCCCCCGAUGGGCUCGACAGCAGCCCCGUGGGCUGGGAUGAGAAGAGAGGGAAUUCCCAGUGGUACGACCAGAGUUCCCUCUGCUCUUCCAGAUACUUCAAGGAUGCCUCCAGGUCCCAUGUCACCCGUCAGAGCACCCUUUUCUGCUCAGUCUCGGCCCCCGGCUUCACAGGAUGGAAGUGCCAAUGUGCAUACCAAGGCUCCCUGGGCAAAAUGA